AUGAAGUACUCAGGAGUCACUUUCGUAGGCAUGAUGGGCUGUGCCCUUGCCGCUCCCCUCUAUAGCGAGACCCCUACCUCUUCUGCCGGUCCUGCCCCUACCGCGGCCAUUAUAUUACCGGGCGGUUUCCACUUCCCUCCUAUUGCGAAAAACGCCGACAAGCGUGGCCUCGACUGGUUCGAGAGUCUGAAGGAUAAGUUCGGCGGCAGUAGUGCAGCAUCCGCUAUCCCCGAAAUUACUAUCCCUACUAGUGUGCCUACUGGUAUCGCCGGUUCUUCUGGCCUGGACAGCAUCCUUGACAAGUUAGAGGGAGAGAAGCGUGGCCUUGACUGGUCCGAGACCCUCAAGGAUAAUAUCGGCUCUAAAACUGCCACACCCCCUCUGAAAUUCGAGGGUAGUCACAGCGGCUCAGCCACACUGCCUACUGGUACUGUCGAAUUGGGCAAUGAUCCUUCUAUAUCUAUCCUUGCCAGUGCUUUCGCCCAGUUCGAACACGGCCAUGGUUCUACCAUCCCUACUAACGUCGCCAAUCUGGAGCACGGCCCAGCUUUCUCUGCUAUUGCUAGCGCCCUCGUCAAGCCUGAAGGUAGCCAUGGUAGCUCCGACGCUCUGCUUACUGCUAUCGCCAAGUCUGAACAUCAUACCACCGCUGCGGCUGCUUUACCCACUGGUUCCGCUUAA